AUGUGGGGUGAUAGUGGAUUGGACAGAAGCAAUCUUGAAGUUAUCAGCCGAGAUUCGAGAUGCAUCUUCUCAUUGGACCAACGUCACAGUAGGACUGCACCUUACAUCACCUUCUGCAGCGACCUCCAUGAAAACAUUACAUCAUGUUCGGAUAGGUUGAGGAGACACGUAGAUCAGAAAUACUCGAAGAUAAAACUAUCAACAGACGUUAAAUUCGAUUUUGAAAGCUUGAAAGAAACCAUUGUAAACGACUCAAUCACCACUGAACGGUCACCACAGAUGCACUGUGUCACCAUCUACCUACUUUCUGAAAAGUUUGCAGUCGUGGAGAGGCUGUUAAAAAAAUUUUUUAACGAGAUAGAAGCCCGCAUGAGUAUCAACUCAUUUUUAUGCAGUUUCACACUGCAUUUCAACGUGGAUCGGGAUAAAUCGAUGCUAACGAAUGAAUUCCGAGCACCUAUUUCUACGAUAAAUGUUCGGUUGGAGAAGACAGCCAGCAACUUUAAAGCCAAGCUGCCAUGCAUUGUGAAGCCUAAAGCCACUGGAACCUGUAAUGUAAAUUUUGUAGAUUAUCUAAAAAACCAUUUUCAGUCCAACUGGCUUCAACUUGCUGAUAAUAAAAUUCAAUUGGAAUUUGAAUUAUCCAGUACAAGAACGAUCCCCAUUUAUCCAAAAAACAAAUUUGUUGAUUUGUUAAUGCCUAUUAAUUUCGCUCAGCCUCUGGAAAAGAGUUCAAGCAGUGUCUUGGAUGGCUUAACACCGAAGAAUGAUGAAAAACUUCUGUUCUUGCCAGUUGAUGUUGACUCCAGCCUAGCAGAUUUCAUUAACAAGUUAAUUUUGACCAGCGUGAAGCCUGCGAUAUUUUAUAAGUAUGCGUGCCAUGCUGCCAUUGAAAGCGGCUUCACUGGAAGGAUGUUGAUAUGCAAGGUGCACAUUGGAAACUGUUACGAGGUGAGAGAAGGCAAGACUUAUGAUUCGUUGAAGCCCCCAUGUGUGGAACUCUCCAGAUGCCCUUUAUCAUUCAAGGAUGGGUCGUGCAGAACUCACGCCUGGUACGAUAGUGCAGUUUUGAAAGAGCGUAUUGAAAUUGGCAUGAAUUCGCCUUUAUCGGCAACGAGAAAUGUUCAUACUCUGGAAAAAUUUAUAUUGAAAGAUAAUGAUACUAUCCAGUACUGUCCGUUUGCACUUGUGGAAUACAAAACGUCCGUUUGUAAUUCGGACUGCACCAUCAUUUAG